UCCUCUCCUCCAGUCCUCCGUUUCAUAACAUAAUCGGAAACUCUCACACACAGAACAGAGAAGGCAGCAAAUCCAAUCCCUCCCCAGUUCCCAUCUCCGCUGAUCACUGCCUCCGCAUCAAAGCUUUCCUAGAUAUUCCCGGGAAUCUUCCGCUCCCGCUUCCGGCUCGGAUACCCCCUGCUCGCUUCCGCCUCGGCCUCGGUCGCCUCUUUCCUCCUUGUUAUUAGAAAGAGGACUCAGCAGCUGCAGUUCGAAUCGAUUUGCAUCGGAUAGAAGCCAGGACUCUGCAGCGGGAGAGAGAGGGAGAGGAGAACUCGUCUGCCGUUUGAGAACUGGACAUGUGCGUGGAGGGAUUCGAAGACGCCGAGAGGUUGGAUUUUGGAGCAGCGGAGAUCGAGAGGCCGGCCGAUUUCCUGAUGGAGAGAGUUUGUGAGAACAUGGUGUCUCUUGAUUUCAAGCAAACUAAGAUGGUGUCUGGCACUGGAGAGAGUUGGCACAAUUUUGUCCCAGCCAUCCGAUCAGGCGAGUGGUCUGACAUUGGUGGCCGUGAUUACAUGGAAGAUGCACAUGUGUGCAUAUCAAACCUAGUGAAGAAUUUUGGUUGUAACAAGGCUGAUGAUGAGAUUAUUUCCUUCUAUGGGGUCUUUGAUGGACAUGGUGGAAAAGACGCUGCUCACUAUGUUCGUGAUAACUUACCACGGAUCAUCGUGGAAGACGCCGACUUUCCUCUUGAGCUUGAGAAGGUUGUUAGGAGGUCAUUUGUGCAAACUGAUAGUCAGUUUGCAGAGAAGUGCUCUCGCCAUGAUGCACUUUCUUCUGGAACAACUGCACUUACAGCAAUGAUUUUUGGAAGGUCUCUUCUGGUUGCUAAUGCUGGUGAUUGUCGAGCAGUCCUUUCCCGGCGUGGUGCGGCAAUUGAAAUGUCCAAGGACCACAGGACUUGCUGCCUCAAUGAAAGAAAGCGUGUAGAAUCACUAGGCGGCUAUGUCGAUGAUGGCUAUUUGAAUGGUCAGUUAGCAGUCACGAGAGCACUUGGUGACUGGCAUCUCGAUGGCCUGAAAGAGAUGGGGGAGCCAGGAGGCCCAUUGAGUGCUGAACCAGAGCUGAAGAUGAUCACAUUAACAAAGGAGGACGAGUUCUUGCUUAUUGGGAGUGAUGGUAUCUGGGACUACUUCUCAAACCAAAACUCUGUAGACUUCGCAAGGAGAAGACUCCAAGAGCACAAUGACCUGAGAUUAUGCUGCAAGGAGAUCAUCGAGGAAGCAAUAAGACGAGGGGCCACGGACAACCUAACAGCAGUGAUGGUCUCUUUCCACCAGGAAGCCCCUCCUCAGAUAAGAGUAAACAGGACAGGUCGGGUUGAGCGGACCAUAUCAGCUGAAGGGCUCCACAGCCUCAGGGUCCUCCUGGAAGGUAAAUGAUAGCGGUGUGCCAUUGUCGCCGCCAUCCUUAUUCUGUGCUACAUUGUUGAGUGUUAAUUGUAUGUAGAAAUUCCGGCGUUGUACUGCUGUCUAUCCAUCAUCCAUUGUUGAAAUGUCAGUGGCUAUUGUUACCUGAGAAUAAACCAGCUGUGAGGGACUGUAGAUAAGUUGGGUGCCUGGUUAAGGGUUUAGCGUAUCUGCAUCCAGGGGGCUUUGAGGCUCAUUGUGCGAUGUUUUCUUCCCCCUAUUUUAUUUUUGGGUGUUAAAGAAACUAUUUUGUGGUCGUUCAAGUCAAUGAAACUUGAGUUUUAUCAUGUGA